GUCGAUUGCACCGCGUGCAGUGACGAGAUUGUGGGGGAGCUCCACGAGCUGAAGUGCGAGCACCGGUACUGCAUCGACUGUCUCACCCAGAUGGUCUCAAAGGCCCUGGGUGGAGAAUCGGACACGAACUUUCCUCCGAAAUGUUGCACGGAUCCGAUACCGACGGAUGCCGUGAAAACGGUACUCUCAGCCGCCGAUUUCAAGAAAUACGAAGAACGUCUCGACGAUCGCAAACAGGCUGUGCAGCUCUUUUGCCCGAAGCCGAAAUGUUCGGCGAAACUGUCCGCGAACGAUAUCCGCGCAGAAACGGGGACAUGUCCCCGCUGCCAAACGAAGAUGUGCACGAAGUGCAAGGGGCUCGAGCACGCCGGUGUGUGCCCGGAGAGCGAGCUCGCCGAAGUGGCGAAGAAGGAAAAAUGGGCCAGCUGCCCCGCCUGCCACCGAGUGAUCAUGAAGCAACAAGACUCCUGCAACAAGAUGAUCUGCGUCUGCGGGUUCAGGUUCUGCUACCUCUGUGGU